CUCAUCAUCCCGCAAGCCUUCUUGGAUCAUCCCACAAGUCUUCUUGAUAUCAUCUCUUCCCGAUCGACUAAUCCAUGGCGAUCACCAAAGCUCUCUUGCUGACCACCAUCGCCUCCGCAACGCUUUUCGGUAUGGCACUCGGCGCGAGCUACACGGUGGGCGCUCCGGCUGGAUCAUGGGACCUCAAGGCCAACUACACCCAAUGGGUCUCCGGACGCCGCUUCUUUCCUGGCGACAGCCUCCGCUUCCAGUAUCCCGCCGCCGCAACCCACAAUGUGUUAGAGGUCACCAAGGCCGCCUAUGACACCUGCAGCAACAUCUCCUCCAUCCCCGGCUCUGGCGGAAGCAUCAACAGCAGUGCCGUCAUUGCGACGUACCAGACAGGCAACGACGUUAUCCUGCUUGCCGCCUCGGGAGUUACAAGGUACUUUGUGUGCGGCUUCCCCGGGCACUGCGCUGCGGGGAUGAAGCUGAAGGUGCACGUCGGGACGCAGGAGCAGCCGCCUGUUCAGUGCCGGGGGCGGGGACGAGAGGCCAAGCGGAUCAGGUGCACCCGGCCGGCGCCGGCUUCUCCGGCGGUGAGCUCGGCCGUCUAUGUUGAUCGGUCAAGCCUCUGGUUGGCGGCCGCCGUGGCUGCGGGUUACUUGCUCCCUUGUUUCUAGAGUCAAGAAUUCACGGCAGGCUUGUCCUUGUUGCCGUCAUUCUUCUUAUCCUUUUUUGUUUUUUACAAUUUUUGAAGCGUGAUCGGCCGUGCUUCUUAUAUUCACUUGUAAUAUUUGUACAAAA